CAGAGCCCAGGCAGGCAUCAGGGGCAUCUAUAAAAGAACGCAGGGCCAGGCCCUAGCAUCCUGCUUGCUUGCCACCUAUCAUCUCACGAUGCUGGGAGGUCUGGGGAAACUUGCUGCUGAGGGCCUGGCCCACCGCACUGAGAAAGCCACUGAGGAAGCUGUUCAUGCCGUGGAGGGGGUGGUCAAAGAGGUGGUGGAACAUGCCAAAGAAGCUGGAGAGAAAGCCAUUGCCGAUGCCUUAAAGAAGGCCCAAGAUACAGGGGACAAGGUGGUGAAGGAAGUCACUGAGACAGUGACCAACACAGUCACAAAUGCUGUUACCCAUGCAGCGGAAGGCCUGGGCAAACUGGGACAGUGAGCACAUCCACCUCCAGGGGACUCUUCCUGAAUCUCAAUAAAAAGCUGUGAAAUGUG